AUGGACCAACCUGCGUCAAGCGAGCGGCCCAAGCGAAAGCUCGAGUUCACCAUCAAGCUCAGCGGCACCAUAGAGGUCCUCGACAACGAGGACACCAAAACCGUCGCAUCCGCAUUCCUUGAGCAGUACAGUAACGGUGCUCACGAGGUCGACUCGUUCAUUGUUUACGAUCGUUCUCGGCGGAGCAUCACUGAAACUCCAGAUCCGAGGCAAUAUCGCAACAGAGAACCGUCCAGCAGAUCAUUCAAGCUGGAGCGCAUGGUCGACCGCGCUCUCAAAAAGUCGAAGACCGAUCCCACUGUCGACGAUGCUGUUGACGUGCUCAAGCCAACGCCGUUCAACCAUCCUACCCUGACUUCGUUGGACCGUACCAGCCCCAAGUCCAUCAAUAUCAAAGUCGACCCAAACGAGGUUCCGACUAUCGGGUGGCACAGUGCACGGCCCUCAAGUCAGCCUCCCGCCCAGCGUUCCAGAGGCAUGUGA